AUGGCCGCGGCGGAGCCGGCGGCGCGAAAGCGGCGGCCGAAAGGCCACUUCGCGGCGGGGCGAGCCAAGCGGCCCCGCGGCGGCGGGCGGCAGCUGGAGGCCGGCAUGCGCGGCAUCCUCAUCACCUGCAACAUGAACGAGCGCAAGUGCGUAGGGGAGGCCUACAGCCUCCUCGGCGAGUACGGGGAUCUGCUCUACGGGCCCGAGCAGUUUUCAGAUCACGAGGAGCAGCCCUCUGGAAGCGAGAGGGAGGAGGAUGAGGACGAUGUUGAAGCUGCCCUGAAGAAGGAGGUGGGCCAGAUCCGUGCUUCGACUGAGCAGAAGCUGCGACGGUUCCAGUCGGUGGAGAGUGGUGCUAACAACGUGGUCUUCAUCAGAACCCGGGGCAUAGAACCUGAGAACCUGGUGCAUCAUAUAUUAAAGGAUAUGCAUGCCACCAAGAAGAAGAAAACGAGAGUCAUCCUGCGCAUGCUGCCCAUUUCUGGAACUUGCAAGGCUUUUAUGGAGGAUAUGAAAAAAUACACAGAAACGUUUUUUGAGCCUUGGUUUAAAGCCCCUAAUAAGGGUACUUUCCAGAUUGUUUACAAAGCUCGUAAUAACAGUCAUAUGAGUAGAGAAGAAGUGAUCAAGGAACUGGCAGGAAUUGUGGGCAGCCUCAACCCAGAAAACAAAGUCGAUCUUAAUAACCCACAGUAUACAAUUGUGGUGGAAAUAAUAAAGAAUGUCUGUUGCUUAAGUGUGGUGAAAGACUAUGUCCUGUUCAGAAAAUACAAUCUACAGGAAGUGGUGAAGAGCAACAAAGAAGACACACAGCAAAACCCACCAAGUGUGACAGAACAGAACUCAAAGGUAGAAAAACCAGAAACCGAGGAGAAGGAGAAAAAAGAAGUAAAAGAAGAGAGCACAAAUCAAGGUGAAGCAGGAGCUGAGCCCAAGGGAAAUGAUACACUGAAUGCUUAG